UGACAAUGGAGAUGGACUUGCCACUUGAGCGUGAUCGGCAAUCCGAAAUCUCACUUAAUUUAAAGCGGAACUCGCCAAAAUUCCCAGGGCGUCGUCAAAUUUUGCAGGUUGGAAAUACGAAUUCAGGUGGGGAUCCUCUCUCCCCCCGUGAAAAAUUCAAAAUUUUUUUUUUGCAGGUUUGAUGCGCAAGCCGGUGGCGACACUGGCGGUGGCGAAAAUGCUCGAUAGUUGUCCGGCGGAAUGCCGGUGCCGAAGGCUCGCGCUUCCCUGCCGCGCGGGUCACUCCGGGGAGUUCCACGCCGCGAUUCUGCUCGGGUCGCGCGCGCGUGGGGCGGCGAAACCGACUACGGUGGGCGUUGCCUUCAAGCCGUAUUUGAGCGCGCGCAAGGUGUUCGACGAAUGAUGUCUUCUGUUUCCGGCGCCCGCUGCGUGCGUGCGAGAGGGGAGAAUACGGCAAGGGUGAGCCUGUUCUUCUCAAGUUGCGACCGUCUACUGGCCUCGCGGGGAGGGUCGGCCUUACCAGUGCACACCUUCCUCAGGGGCUCAGGGUCUCUGAAGUCGCCGCCGCGUACCGUUGUCUUGGCCAGGUUUCGUAAGCAUCGAUUGUGGCAUACCAGUGAACUCUUCCUACCAAGAUCACACCUCAAGUAUAACACAUAUCUCAGACUAUGGAUUCAUUACCUCUGGAGAAAACCACAAGAUCUCCUCAGAUUACAUCAAGCCUUCACUGGCAAAGCGCAAUUUUGAUGUCCGGUUCUUUCAGCAUGGGACACGGAAUUGCUAUACCCUGAGGUUCUUGGUAGCAGGAAACAAGUACUUCGUUCGUGCACUUUUUUACUACGGAAACUAUGAUGGCCUUAACAAACUUCCUGUCUUUGAUCUGUACAUGGGGGCAAACUACUGGCAUGAAGUUAACAUCAGUGAUGCAGCAGCAGUCAGUUGGAUGGACAUCAUAGUUGUGGCUCCUGCCGACUACCUGCAUGUUUGUUUGGUGAACAAAGGGAUGGGAACUCCAUUUAUUUCUGGGCUAGAUUUGAGGCCCCUGAGGACUACUCUUUACCAAGAGGUAAAUGCAAGUCAGUCGCUGGUGCUGAUUAGCUCCAAUCGGUUCAAUUUGGGGCCCACAGACAACUCCAUAAUCAGGUACCCCUCGGAUCCCCAUGACCGCCUCUGGUCAACAUACGACACAAUCCCGAACUGGAAUGAAGUCUCUGCAACAUCUGUCGUUCAGAAUUACCUCACUGAUGUGUACGACGUGCCAUCAGCUGUUAUGCAAAAUGCAGCAACCAUCAAUGGCUCAAGAAUUGAUUUCUCAUGGAGUCCAUCGGUGAACAUCAGCUCCAGUUACUUCUUUGUUUUCUACUUCUCUGAGUUGCAGAACGUACAGAGUAAUGCUCUGAGGCAGUUUGACAUCAUUAUAAAUAACAAGACAUGGAACAUGCAACCAUACAGCCCGCCAUUCCUGUUCACCGAUUCUUUUUCCGGCAUUGUACAGGGGUUGGCAAGUUAUAGUGUCUCACUUGUUGCUACAAAAAAUGCAACUCUUUCACCUAUCCUCAAUGCCAUGGAGAUGUACUUGGUAGAACCGAUAACUGAGGUUGCAACUGAUCCUGGAGAUGCUAUGAAUUUACUGAUGCAGUAUGUACAGUGUACGUUUGUUAUAGUACUACUUUUACCACGUUAAGUCUUGAUACAAUUUGCAUUAUGAGAGGUACUAAACUGAAUGAGCUACAGUUAUUAUUUACCACAUUUAAAGUGUAUUAUGUUAAUUCCUGCCUACUUGCUUGCCCAUCUGUGGUGGGCAUGAACAUAUUUGUUGGUCUGGCGAACCAGCUAGAGCCAUGAUGGCAAUCCAAGAAAAAUUUGGCGUGAAGAACGACUGGAUGGGUGAUCCAUGCGCUCCAAAAGCUUUUGCAUGGGGGGCUUUAAACUGCUCCUAUUCUCCAGUUUAUCCCUCUAGAAUAACAGCAUUAAAUUUGUCUUCCUUUGGGUUGGCCGGUGCCAUCUCUACUGAUUUUGAAGAUCUGAACACACUCCAGUACCUGGAUCUGUCACAUAACGACUUGUCUGGCACCAUUCCAGAUUUUCUUGGGCAGCUUCCGUUACUUAUAUAUCUGGAUCUGUCCAGCAAUGAUCUCCAUGGAGCGAUUCCUUACAGUCUUCUUCAAAAAUCCCAAAAUGGGAUUCUGUCAUUAAGGCUAAGCACUUGACAAGGAUUCAUCACAAGAACUUGGUUUCGUUGAUUGGUUACUGCAAGGAGAAAAAUCAUCUGGCCCUUGUUUACGAGUACAUGCCUGAAGGGAACCUUGAGGAUCAUCUGAGAGGUUCUAAUCGUAAACCACUCACUUGGGAGCAACGUCUUCACAUCGCUUGUGAUUCUGCACAGGGUCUGGAGUAUCUCCAUACCGCGUGUACGCCAGCAUUGAUCCGCAGAGAUGUGAAGAGUAGCAACAUCCUGCUGACAACAGGUCUUGGGGCUAAGGUUGCUGAUUUUGGCCUGACCAAGGCUUUCGGCGACUCUAAAACACAUAUAACCACUGAACCAGCUGGUACUAUGGGCUACUUGGAUCCCGAGUACUUCCGCAGUUACCGCAUCAGCGAGAAGAGCGACUUGUAUAGCUUUGGUGUCGUCCUCCUAGAGCUCAUCACGGGCCGUCCUCCUGUCGUCCCAAUCAGUGACAGCCUGAGCAUCCACGUCGGCGAGUGGGUGAACCAGAGCCUGGACCGCGGCACCAUCGAGAGCAUUGUGGGUGCAAAGAUGGGAGGGGACUAUGAUAUCAACUCUGUCCGGAAAGUUGCUGAUCUAGCGCUACGUUGCAAGCAGGAGGUCUCCCGGGAGCGCCCGACGAUGGCGGAGGUUGCGGCUCAGCUUAAGGAGUGCCUGGACCUCGAGAACCGUCGCGACGGGAGGCGAAGCCUGGGUUCACUUGAGGUAGACCUACAAGGCGGAGAGAUACAAGCAGUUGCUGCAGGUCCGACAUUGAGAUUGGUUUGGGUUGGAGGAUCGAGCCCUCUUCUCUUGCCUUUCUGAUGAAACCACUUUCUGCCUCUGUGUAAAUUUCUCAAGUUCCUGGAAAUGCAUAGAUGAAGCCUACGGCCUGUUGUUGCUUUUUUCGAAACACUUCGUUUUCUGUAUUUUUUUUCACCCACCAUUUCUGUGAAUGUGAUGAUCGAUGAUGAAUUGAUGAUGUAGCGGUAGGCAUUUCUGGAUUCUGAAAAAUGCUGAUUCCAGAUCAAGCCACUUGGAAAGAAUGAAGACACUUCCAGAUAAUUA